AUGGCCGCACCAAACGGAGGCAAUUACGACGCCACCGGUCCUCCGGCACCUUAUGAUGAAAUGGAGCACUCGGAGCCUCUGGCAGAAGAGCCACUGGAGCGGGUCCAUUCCGAGAGACACCUGAACGAGGAGACGGUGCUCGAUUACGGCGAGGCGGUCGAGAGCAGCUCCCACGACGAUGCCAGCGAUAUGGACAAGAACCAGAUCAAACCGCCACCCGUGGAGCGAACCCGAAGUAACUGGACCACCACCACAGGCACCAGUAUCGCCACCGAACCCGAACACCUCGCAGCAGAGCACGCAGCGCCGAGGAGACGGAAAUGGAGCGAGAAGAUCAAUCCCCUCAAACGCAAGACUCCUCCGCCCGUGCCUGCCGAACGCUUGCCAUCUCGAGAACACCAGGCCAGCUUCUUGAGUGUCCUGACCUUCCAAUGGAUAUCUCCUCUGAUGAGCGUGGGCUACCAGCGCCCCCUCGAGCUGACGGACGUUUGGUCGGUGAACCCGGACAGAAGUAUCGAGGUCCUCAAGACCAAGUUGUACGCCGCUCUGGAGUUCCGUCGACGCCGGAAGGACCUCUUUUCGCCCCUGGCCAUGGCUCUGUACGACACCUUCAAGAAGGAGUUCUGGAUUGGUGGUGUCUGCCAAUUCUUUGGUGCAAUCCUCCAGGUCGUCGCUCCAUUCACCAUGAAGUAUCUCAUCGCGUUCGCUGGACGAUCCUACGCUUCGCAACACAGUGCCGCUCCUGCGCCCUCCAUAGGCCAGGGCAUGGGGCUGGUCAUUGGCAUCACCGCCAUGCAGAUCAUGCAGUCCAUGUGCAUCAACCAUUUCAUCUACCGCGGUAUGAUUACCGGUGGCCAGUGCCGCUCCGUCUUGAUCAGCGUCAUCUUCGAGAAGGCUAUGAAGAUUUCCGGUCGGGCGAAAGCUGGUGGCAAAGCCUCAGGAGGUCCCACCGAAGCCAAGUCGGACUUCAAGCCUGGAAGUAAAGAGGAGAAGAAGUGGCUGAAGAAGCAAUUGGGCAACAACAACAACAACAACAACAACAACAAGGUUUCGGGUGAUGGGCAGGGCUGGGGCAACGGACGGAUUGUCAACCUCAUGUCGACCGACACUUACCGUAUCGACCAGGCAUGCGGAAUGGGCCACAUGAUCUGGACUUCUCCCAUUCAGGUUCUGCUGACGCUCGCAUUGCUGUGCAUCAACUUGACCUACAGUGCCCUCGCCGGUUUCGCCUUCAUCUGCCUGAUGAUGCCCCUGCUCGCACGCGCGAUCCGGAGUCUGAUGUCGCGACGCAAGUUCAUCAACAAGAUCACCGACCAGCGUGUGAGCCUUACGCAGGAAAUCCUUUCGUCCGUCCGUUUCGUCAAGUACUUUGGCUGGGAGACGAGCUUCUUGGACCGUCUCGGCGAGAUAAGAACUCGCGAGAUCAGCAAGGUCUCGUUCUUGCUCUCCAUCCGAAACGGCAUCAUGGCAGUCUCCAUGUCCUUGCCCAUCUUCGCCUCCAUGCUCGCUUUCAUCACGUAUUCGACGACGCAACACGUGCUCAACCCGGCUCCCAUCUUCUCCUCCCUGGCAUUGUUCAACUCGCUCCGUAUUCCCCUGAACUUGCUUCCGAUGGUCUUGGGUCAAGUCGUGGAUGCAAAUGCAUCCCUUGCCCGUAUUCAGGAGUUCUUGGGCGCCGAGGAACAACAAGACGACGCCUCCUGGGAGCCCGACGCGAAGAGUGCGAUCGAGAUCAAGGACGGUGACUUCACGUGGGAACGUAACACUACCCAGAACUCGGACGGUGCGCCAGGAGCGGAUCCGAAGGGUAGCAAGCAGCUGAAACAAGAGAAGAAGGACGCCAAAGCCAAGGCAAAGGAAGGGAAGAAGCGCUCAGAGCUGGCGGAGAAGGAGAAGCUUGAUGAGGUUCCGACUAGUCCGACUCCCACCAGCGAUAGCCAUGAGGAGGAGGAAGAGAGCCCAUUUGCUGUGAAGAAUAUCAAUCUGAGCAUUGGUCGAGGGGAACUCGUCGCCGUCAUAGGAUCUGUGGGCUCUGGCAAGACGUCGCUGCUUGCCGCAUUAGCCGGAGACAUGCGCAAAACGAACGGCAGUGUCACGUUUGGCGCAAAUCGUGCAUUCUGCCCGCAAUACGCCUGGAUUCAGAACGCCACUGUCAAGGACAACAUCAUAUUUGGCAAAGAGUACGACAGAAGGUGGUAUGAUCAGGUUGUCGAUGCUUGUGCCCUUCGGCCCGAUCUAGAGAUGCUGCCAGCUGGUGACCUGACCGAGAUUGGAGAGCGAGGUAUCACUGUCUCAGGAGGACAGAAGCAGCGAUUGAACAUUGCCCGUGCAAUCUACUUCAAUGCUGAUAUCGUGCUUAUGGAUGACCCUCUCUCGGCCGUCGACGCUCAUGUUGGAAGGCAUAUCAUGGACAAUGCCAUCUGCGGCUUGUUGAAAGGCAAGGCUCGUGUUUUGGCGACACACCAGUUGCAUGUGCUCAACCGAGUGGAUCGCAUCGUGUGGAUGAAAGAAGGUGGCAUCCACAAGGUGGCCACAUUCCCAGAGCUCAUGGCGAACGAUUCCGAAUUCCAGGAGCUGAUGAAGACUACCGCAACGGAGGAGCAUCAAGAGGAAGAGGAGCAUGCGAAUGACGAUGAAAGGGAAGAGGAGAAGAAGCAAGCUCGGAAGAAGAAGGGCCGCAAGCCAGCAGGUGCGCUGAUGCAGCAGGAAGAGCGAGCAGUGGACAGUGUCGGCUGGAGCGUCUACGCAGCAUACGUCAGGGCUUCUGGAUCGCUGCUUAUUGCGCCUUUGGUUCUAGUCCUCCUCGUCAUCUCGCAAGGAGCAAACAUCUUGACCAGCUUGUGGCUCUCAUACUGGACCUCCUCGAAAUGGAACCUCUCCAUGGGCACCUAUAUCGGGGUAUACGCGUCGCUCGGCGUGUUGCAGGCACUCUUGAUGUUCGCCUUCUCGGUCACUCUCACCAAAUGCGGCACAAAAGCGUCACGAGUCAUGAUGAAUCGUGCUAUGUACAGAGUCUUGCGCGCUCCCAUGUCCUUCUUCGACACGACACCUCUUGGCCGAAUUACGAACCGCUUCUCAAAGGAUGUCGAUACCAUGGAUAAUACGCUGACGGAUUCGAUGCGCAUGUUCUUCCUCACAAUGGCUAUGAUUCUCUCGGUGUUCAUCCUGAUCAUCGCGUACUACUACUACUUCGUGGUGGCCCUGGUACCUCUGACGAUCGCAUUCCUGUUUUCCGCUGGCUACUAUCGAGCAUCUGCACGAGAAAUGAAGCGACACGAAGCCGUCUUGCGCAGUGUUGUCUUUGCCCGUUUCUCCGAGGCUGUCAACGGAACGCCCACAAUCAGAGCGUACGGCGUGCAAAAGCAAUUCUCUAAGCGCGUGGACGACUCAGUCGACUCCAUGGACGGUGCUUACUUCUUGACCUUCGCAAACCAGCGCUGGCUCUCCACCCGACUUGAUGCCCUGGGCAAUCUACUGGUCUUCACAGUCGGUAUUCUGGUAGUCACUGGACGUGCUUCGAUCAAUCCUAGUACCGGUGGCCUGGUUCUCUCAUACAUUCUGUCCAUCGUGCAGAUGAUCCAGUUCACCGUCAGGCAGCUUGCCGAAGUCGAAAACAACAUGAAUUCCACUGAGCGAUUGCACUUCUACGGAACCCAAUUGGAGGAGGAAGCUCCUCUACGUCUCGGCGACGUCCGUGCCGAGUGGCCGGAGAAAGGAGAAAUCGACUUCGAUAAUGUGCAAAUGCGAUACCGUGACGGAUUACCCCUUGUACUUAAGGGGCUGACAAUGAAGGUUCGCCCUGGUGAGCGCAUCGGUAUUGUUGGUCGAACCGGCGCCGGGAAGUCCACCAUCAUGUCGACUCUCUUCCGAUUGGUAGAGCUCUCGGGAGGCAGCAUCUCCAUCGAUGGAGUCAACAUUGCCAAGAUUGGCCUUCACGAUCUCCGGUCACGACUGGCCAUCAUUCCGCAGGAUCCCACGCUUUUCCGCGGCACCAUCCGGAGCAACCUGGAUCCGUUCAACGAGCACUCGGAUCUUGAACUCUGGAAUGCCCUUCGACAGGCCGAUCUUGUCGGCGCCGAGCAGAGUCUCGAGGACGAAUCCGGACGGAUCCACCUCGACACCCCCGUCGAAGAUGAAGGUCUCAAUUUCUCUCUGGGUCAACGACAACUCCUGGCGCUGGCUCGUGCUCUGGUCAGAGGAUCCCAAAUCAUCGUCUGCGACGAAGCCACAUCUUCCGUCGACUUCGAAACUGAUCAGAAGAUCCAGCGAACAAUCGUGAGGGGCUUCAAGGGCAAGACACUUCUGUGUAUUGCGCAUCGUCUGAAGACCAUCAUCGGUUACGAUCGCAUCUUGGUCAUGGAUCAGGGCAAUGUGGCGGAGCUGGAUAGCCCUAUCCAGCUGUACGACCAGGGAGGCAUUUUUAGGAGUAUGUGUGAUCGCAGCGGGAUUCGGAGAGAAGAUUUCUUCGAAAGCGAAGAGGCGCGCUUCUCGGCUGAAAGUCCAGAAUUGGAGAAGACGCUGAGUAGAGCCAUCAUGCCCUCAUCCGAUGAGAAGGGAGAAUGA